AUGAGCAAACCGAAAGUCCUUUUGUUGGGUGAAAUCGAGCACGCUCACGAAGCAUGGGAUGCCCUAUCCUCCCUAGCAGAGCUCAUUACGCCAUCCUCCCGCAACCGCUCUGAGUUCCUCGAAGAAUGCAAAAGCGGGAAGCUCGACGGCGUCCUCGUGGCCUACCGGACGUUCGCUUCCGUCUCAAUCACCGGCAUGGUCGACGAGGAACUUGUCCAAGCGUUGCCAGAAAGCCUGAAGUUUAUCUGUAAUUGCGGGGCCGGCUACGACCAAGUCGACGUGCACGCCUGCACCGCCCGCGGGAUCUGUGUGUCGAAUGUGCCGACGGCUGUCGAUGACGCGACGGCGGAUGUGAAUAUGUUUCUUAUCCUUGGAGCUCUACGCGGCUUUAACACCUCAAUGAUUGCGCUGAGGGAAGGCAAGUGGAGGGGCCACCCUCCGCCGCCUCUGGGACAUGAUCCCAAAGGAAAGGUGUUGGGAAUUCUGGGAAUGGGCGGCAUAGGGAGGAACCUGAAGAAGAAGGCGGAGGCGUUUGGGAUGAGGGUCAUCUACCAUAACCGAAGUAAACUCAGCGAAGAGUUGGCCGGGGGCGCCGAUUAUGUUUCAUUUGAUGAACUCCUCGGCACGAGCGAUGUCAUUAGCCUGAAUCUACCGCUAAAUAAGCACACUCGCCAUAUAAUCUCGACGAGGGAGUUCGAGAAGAUGAAGAAGGGGGUUGUGAUAGUGAAUACCGCACGGGGCGCCGUCAUUGACGAGGAUGCUCUUGUGAGGGCGCUGGACAGCGGGCUCGUAUGGUCUUGCGGUCUCGAUGUUUACGAAGAGGAGCCAGAAGUGCAUCCGGGCCUGGUUGCGAAUCCUCACGUCAUGCUCGUGCCGCACAUGGGGACGUGGACAGUUGAGACGCAAACGGCGAUGGAAGAAUGGAACAUUGGGAAUGUGAGGGCCGUAUUAGAAAAGGGAGAGCUGAACAACGUCGUGCCUGAGCAGGCGGAUAUGUGA